AUGCUUAUCAUACACAAGAGUUAUUGUCGAGUUAGGAUACGAAAUGCUUGUGGUUUGCCUAUCAAUGAAGGCACUGCCGUUUCAAAUGCUAUUGUGAAGAUCCCUUCUAAUGUAAAUUAUUGAGGGCGCAAAGUCAAAAUUGCUCUAUAUAUCCUUAAAAUCUCAAAAAGAUAUCAUAACGAAAAUAUUGGAUCAAGCUAUGCAAUGUCUGAUAGAAAUAGCCUUUUUUUAGGAUCAGAAAGAUUUACUCCCCCCCCCCUCCGUGAGCGAACAAAAAAAUUUUGUUCACUCAACGGAGGGGUUAAUUUUUUUUCGAAAUUUAAAAAAAUCCCAAUUCUAUAAAAAUUUGAAAGCAAAUAUUAAUUUAAUUUAUAAAAUUUAUGUUUUAAAACGCAAUUUUUUUAAAAUUAAAACAGAAUUAGCUCUAGAUUUCAUUAUACUAAUUAUCACUUAUAUAUCAAAUUUUUUUCCAUAAAAACUUUUUUCUAUUAAAAACAUCUUUGUUUGCUUACAGAGGGUGGGCUUUUGGGCAAAAAGUAGGGAUUUUUCUAAUGGUUUUGUUCGCUCACGGAGGGGGGAGUAAGAUCUCUGAAUCUGCGUUUUAG